GCACUGAGCAGGAAUUGAGGAGCUCCACCUUCAGACUCGGCAUCCAAUUUCCAGAGCCCCAGUCCCCACUAAUCUCCACCGUCUCCCUGACAUGGAAGCAAAGUAUCAUUUUGUCGUGGAUAAUCACCUAGCUUCCUUCAUUCGUUCUGAUGAAGUGCCUGGCCUGUGGCUGUUUGGGUUCUGGGUUCCCGGUGUAGAUGAGGGAGACCUGGAGCAGCAUCGCGAGCAGAAGAGUGGGAGGCAAAGGGACAGCGCGGGGAGAAGCACAGUGUAUGGGAAGUUAGGGGGGACACUGAAGCGCAGUUUUGCUCUUAGGUGAAUCGCAGAGGAGGGCUCUUGUUACGUGUUGAAUUGUGUCCCCCCCACCCCAAUUGUGUCCCUUCAGUAUAUCGACAUCUUAACCCCACUAGCUCAGAAUGGGACCUUAUUGGAAAUAGGAUCGUUGCAGAUGUAAUUAGUUAAGGUGAGGUCAUACUGGAAUAGAACAGCUCCCUUCCCCUCCCCCGAUUCAAUAUGAGUGGUGUCCCUAUAAGAACAGGGCCAUGUGAAGAGACCAAAGCAGGGAGAAGCCACAUGGAGAGGGAGGCAGAGAUUGUGGUGAUGCACCUACAAAGCAAGGGACACAAGGACUGCCUGCUAUCACCGGAUGCUGGGGGGGAGGGGUGCAGGCAAUCCCUGAGCCCACAGAAGGAAGCCACCUGCCGGCACCUUCGCUUCAGACUUCUGACCUCUGACUGCAAGAGAACGAAGUUCUGCUCGAAGCCACCCAAUCUGGGGUACUUUGUUACAGAAGCCCGAGGGAAUAACAUAGCUCGGAAGUCAAGAGGCGCUAUCAUUUCCUUUAAUAGAUGAUUUAAAAAUUCACGAUGCUACUUGCGUGAUGAUUCUGAAAUCUUUGCCUGCCUUCCAGAUGUUCCUCCUGGGCUCCUGACCUGCUGACCUGUCAGCUCUGCAGACAUUUCUCCCGGAUGCCUCACAGAUCCAGAGAUCAGAAAUAACAUAAAGGACCAGAAGUCAAAGAUGGACGUUCCUGGAGACAUAGAUCCAGCAAGGGUUGUAUCCGAAGGAUGCCAGAGACUGAUCCGUCAGGAGCAUGGGUUGGUUGAAGCUGCUGACCCUGUGGUCGGAUCAUUGAGGCGUUGGGUGAGCCCCUCACAGGAUGCAGGGGGGCUCCCCGCUUCCCAAGGGAGAGCUAUCAAGGAAGCGAAUCUCAUUCCCGCCAAAGCCAUCGCAGGAGAGAGCGGCCACAGGUGUAAUGGGAGAGAAAGAACACUUGCUGCAGGAGAAAGAUCCCACAGCAGAGAAGCCUGUGGUGAGAGAUUCCAGCAGACAUCAGAGGUCACCCAGCGCCAGAAAACUGGUAGCGUGAAGAAAACCCAUCAAUGUCAGGAAUGUGGGAAAACGUUCAACCGGAGCUCCAACCUGAUCAUCCAUGAGAGAAUUCACACGGGAAGGAAACCCUUUAUGUGUGACGAAUGUGGGAAGGACUUCAACCAGAGUUCAAAUCUCAUUAUUCAUCAGAGAAUUCACACAGGGAAGAAACCUUAGCUGUGUCGCGAGUGUGGGAAGAACUUCAACCGGAGCUCCAACCUGGCCAGGCACCAGCGGAUCCACAGUGGCGAGAACCCCUAUGAGUGCCAGGAGUGUGGCAAGGCCUUCCACGGGAGCUCCAGCCUGGUCCUGCACCAGAGGACCCAUGGCGGUGGCAGGAAGCCUUUCGCAUGCCACCAAUGCGGCAAGACCUUCAGCCAGAGCUUGGACCUGGUCAUCCACCACAGAGUUCACACUGGAGAGAAGCUGUACGAGCGCUAUGAGUGCGGCCAGAGCUUCAGCCAGAGUUCACACCUGGCCACACACCAGAGGACCCACACCGGGGAGAAGCCCUUCGCGUGCCCUGAGUGUGCGAAGGCCUUCAGGCAGCGUGCGCGCCUCACCGAGCACCAGAGGCUGCACAGCGGGGAGAGGCCCUAUGCAUGUGGCGGGUGUGGGAAGGCCUUCAGCGGGCACACGGCUCUGCUCAAGCACCAGAGGCUGCACGCGGGCCAGGACGUGGGCCGGCUGGGACAGCAGAGAACUGAGAGGGAGGAGAAGCCCUAUGAGUGUACGGAGUGUGGGAAAACCUUCCGGGGAAGCUCAGACCUGAUCCGGCACUGGAUAAUCCACACCAGCGAGAAGGCCUACGAGUGCAGGGCCUGCGGGAAGGCCUUCAGCCAGAGGUCACACCUGCUCUCGCACCAGAAAAUCCACACCGGGGAGAAGCCGUAUCCGUGCGGCGAGUGCGGGAAAGCCUUCCGGCAGCGCUCACUCCUCGUCCAGCACCAAAGAAUCCACACCGGGGAGAAGCCCUACGAGUGCGGGGCCUGCGGGAAGCCCUUCAUCUGGCACACAGCCUUCCUCAAACACCAGAGGCUUCACGCUGCAGAGAAACCCCAGGGACGCGGGAGGACACUGAGCCAGGACCAGGCACCUGGGGACGAGCGGGAAACUCAUGGGGAAGAGAGAGCACACCAGCGCGGCCAGCGUGCCAGAACCUUCCAGGGCACCUCGGACCUCAUGGGACUUCCGGUGACUCACGCAGGAGGGAAGCCCCAUGCAUGUGCAGAGUGUGGGAAAUCCUUCCAGCAGAGCUCAGACCUCACAAGGCACCAGAGAAUCCACAGCGGGGAGAAGCCUUACCCCUGCGCUAAAUGUGGGAAGUCCUUCAGGGGCAGCUCCGACCUCAUUAAACACCACUGUGUGCACACAGGAGAGAAACCCUACAAUUGCCCCGAAUGUGGGAAGGCCUUCAGCCAGAACUCCCACCUUCUCAGUCACCAGAGGAUCCACACUGGAGAGAGACCCUUUGAAUGCGGCGCCUGUGGGAAGGCCUUCGGGGGGCGCACGGCCUUCCUUAAACACCAGCGGCUGCACCUCGGGGAGGGGCCGGGGCGCGGCGACAGAGCCCACAGACAGGACUCGGAGGUGACGGAACCCUAAGGGACCCAGGGCAUGCCUGAGGGAGGCCAUUCUUAUUGCACUGUCAAGGUGUUUAUCACUGGAAAGCACCUGGAGGCAGGAAGACGUACAGGCCAUCCUUCUGACUCCAAGUUGACACUGGUUGUGGUCCCCGGGAUGUAAUCACUGGACAAUGUUUUAGGGGAUGUCUACUGUCAUUAAAGUCAUUAGAAGUCACCAUGGCAACAGCCCCAGAACUAAAUUCUUCAUGAAAGGAGCCAUUUCAGCCCUGACCCCCUGGUCCAGGGACAGGUCUAAAUCUGCUUUACGUACUUUAGGGGUGGUUCCCGUUAGGGAUGUGCUUUAUAUGUAUGUCUCCCCCUCUUCUCGUUCUUACACAUGUGUGAUGAUGCUAACUGCAAAGAUCCACGAAUUGGGAGGAAGCCACAAUGACAGGAGGACAGCUGGACGCCAGGAAACAAGGGCGAGAGGAGGGUGUCCCGCAGAGAAAGCGGGGUGUCCUCUGGUAGCCCCAGGAGAUAGGAGAGCAGGUGUCAGGGACAGAAUCAGAGCGUGCACCAGGGCACAGCACAGAGGUGGCCUGAGCGGGGAGGAACUCUACUGCAAAAGGUCAGGGGACUGUAGGGGCAGUGGUUUUGUCUCGACCCAGGGCUUUGCAAGGGGACACAGCUGGUUUGAGAACUGGAGGGGCCAAGUGGAACCCUGGAGCUCACGAAGCCUGGUGAUUAGGCUCCACCCAUCUGGGCUAUCAUGGCCAAUCAGCACUAGGCUUUUCCCACCUGGGCGGUCAUGGCCAGUCAGCGUAAGGCUCUGCCCAUCUGGGCGGUCACAGCCAAUCAGCAUUAGGCUCCGCCUGUCUGAGUCCCCACAGCCAAUCAGCAUUAGGCUCCGCCUGAGUCCUCACAGCCAAUUAGCAUUAGGCUCUGCCCACCGGGGUGGUCACAGCCAGUCAACUGUUCUGUUCCUACUGAGCCCAGACACAGCCGCAGCACUUAAAGGGAUGCUAGAGGCAAAAGCUUUUCAAUCCCUCCUAGUUGACACUAGAGACAAAACCUACUUGCCAUCUCCCCCCACAACUACCUAUUGAUUAUAUCCACUAAGUGACCAAGAAGAUCAAACUGUCACUCAGUGUCUCAAGUCUCAGGCAAAAAACUCAUGUCAGGGGCGCCUGGGUGGCUCAGUCGUUGGGCGUCUGCCUUUGGCUCGGGUCAUGAUCCUGGGGUCC